AUGGUUUCGAAUGCGCACUCUGUUGACACAGCGGGUAUGGGACCUAUCCACGAUGCAGAACACCUGGUGUUCGCAAUUGACAUGGACAUGGAGACCUCUUUGGAGGUGAAAGGUCAGGGGAUCUCACCAACCACACGUCUGGAUUGGAUCAAGCAGGGCAUCAUGAUGAUUAUCAAUGCCAAGCGCCGACUUCAUCCGGGACACAAAUUCUCCAUCGUCUUGCUGAGGGAGCAAGCUGAGUUCUGGCUGGAUGGUCUGCGCACAUCUCCGGAGGACGUUCUGGACUAUGUGGAGGCGCUGAAGCCACAAAUGUAUGCAUACGAUGUUUUCGAGUUUGGGAGCUUGUUACAGUUGCUGCAGCCCUACAACUGCAAGGAGCUGCGAGUGAUGAUGAUCUACUCAAGGUCCAGCUGUGUGCCAACAUGGAAUGUCCAGAACAGCAGUGGGGAAGGGAUGCGCCUGGAUGUGUUGUAUGUCCAUCAGAAGGCUGAUGAUGGUUUGGAAAACCCACAAAAGGUCUACAACGUCUUGGCAAAACUGGCAGACACAGUGUCGAACAACGCGGGCCAUGAUUCUUACAUCAGCAUGUCAGCAUGGAGUCAGCCCAGGCGGCUCAUGAGCGAAUUCGUUUCUUUCAUAAGCCAUCCGGGGCAGCGCAUUCGGCAGCCUCUGCUGCCCCAUCCUGUAGACAUUGCGAAUUCUCAACAGCAACAGCAGCAACAACAGCAGCAGCAGCAGCAGCAGCAGCAGCAACAGCAGCAGCAGCAACAGCAGCAGUCAUCAGCUCCUCCAAGGGCUUCCAGCGGCAAUGCCACCCAGCCCUCAGCUGAACAGGCAGCAAGGGCGCCCUACCCCGGCGUUGCCUCUCCUCGGAGCAACAGCUCUGGACGGGGCUGGAAGAAUGCCUUUGUCUCUAGCUUGCAGUCUGUGGUCCACAAAGGGAAGGGAAACAACAGCGGGGCACCCCAGAAGGCCCAGCCACAAACACCCACUAUUGGGAGCAGCCAAGAAAUAGACCCCAAUAUGCAGGUCCUGGUCGACGUGGUGGUCCCAACCGCAGACAUCAGCAGCCCACCAAAUGAACAAUCUCACACGCCAAACUAUAUGUAA